AUGUCUGUCGUUGAGAUCUCAUCAAAGGAGCAAUUCUCCUCUCUCCUCACCUCCUCUCGUCUUGUUGUCGCCGACUUUUACGCCGACUGGUGUGGACCAUGCAAAGCUAUCGCACCUGCGUAUAACGCGCUGGCGACCCAGCUCUCCCGCCCGAACCAAAUCACGUUCACCAAGAUCAAUGUCGACAACCAAAAAGACCUCGCGCAAGCUUACGGCGUUACAGCAAUGCCGACCUUCAUCGUCUUCAAGAAUGGCCGCGUGAACCAAAGCGUCAAGGGCGCCAACCCCGCACAGCUGAACCAGGUCGUGCAGAAGCUCGCCUCCGAAGCAAGCCAAUCCGACGACGCAGCAGGGUCCGGCGAAGCAAGCGGCUCCGGCGAGUACUGGAUCGGCGGUACAGUGGCCAAGGGCUACAGCGACGUCACAGACCAAGUUGACUUCAAGAUGAUGGAGCUGCUGAACCGGGACACGGCUACCGCGGAGCCUCGUACUCUUUUCAGCGCUCCGAAGCCUUCCGCACUAUCAGGCAAGGGCAAGGAAAAGGCCGCGGGCCAGGCUGACUGGGUUGAGAGCGACACCGACGAGCAGCUGAUGCUGUACAUCCCAUUCAACUCGAUGCUGAAGGUUCAUUCCAUUCAAAUUACCUCCUUGCCUCCUUCGGAUGCGGACGCCGACGAUGACGAGACACCCAUGCGGCCUCGCAACUUGCACCUGUAUAAGAAUACUUCUCAUGUGCUUGGUUUCGACGAGGCGGAUGGUAUCCCUCCCGUGCAGAAGGUGGAAAUCAAGCCUGGUGACUGGGACGCAAAAACUGGGACCGCGACUGUCAAUCUGCGUUUUGUCAAUUUCCAGAACGUGACUUCGCUGGUCUUGUUCUUUGUUGAUGGGGACGGGGACAGCGAGAAGUUGCGCGUUGACCGCGUUCGCAUUAUUGGCGAGGCGGGCCCGAACCGAUCCAUGGGCGUGUUGGAGAAGAUUGGCGACGAGCCUGGCGAGUAA